GCCCGCCCCAUAGCCCGGCCCACUGCCCGCCCCACACCUCCCUCCCUCCUGCGCAGCACAGCGCUCCGACACUAUUCCCAAAGCUCUCCUGUAACCUUUCCCAAAACCCUUCUCCAAAUCGUCUUCCAACUUUCCCAAAACCUUCUCCUAACUUCUCCCAACCUUCUUCCAUCCUUAUAACCUCCUUCCAUCCUUCCCCCAACCCUACAACCUUCUUCCAACCUUCUACCAACUCUACAACAAUUUUCCAACCUUCCUCCAACCCUACAACCUCCUUCUAACCCUAUAACUCUCUCCCAACCUUCUCCCAACCUUCUUCCAGCCCUAUAACCUUACCCCAACCCUACAUCCAUCUUCCAACCUUCCUCCAACCCUAUAACUUUCUUCCAACCUUCUACCAACCUUCUUCCAACCCUACAACCAUCUCCCAGCCUUCCUCCAACCCUACAACCCCAGACCCACCGACCCCACCAUGUCCGUCACCAUCACCAGGAAAUCCGUGCGGAGCAGCUCGGCCGUCCCAGUCCGCUCCUUCAGCUCCCGCUCCUUCACCUCCGGCCCCGCCAUGAGGAUGAGUGCAGCUUCAGCCUUUGGUGCCCUCAGUGGGGGCCGUUAUGGGGUUGGGGGGCUGCAGCGUGGCCCCAUGGCUGUGUCCGGGGGUGGGAUCACGGCCGUCACCGUCAACCAGAGCCUCCUGACCCCCCUCAACCUGGAGAUCGAUCCCAGCAUCCAGCAGGUGCGCAAGGAGGAGAAGGAGCAGAUCAAGACUCUCAACAACCGCUUUGCCUCCUUCAUCGACAAGGUCCGGUUCCUGGAGCAGCAGAACAAGAUGCUGGAGACCAAAUGGGGUCUCCUGCAGUCGCAGCAGCCGCAGCGCAGUGACCUGCGGGGGCUCUUUGAGGGCUACGUGGGGUCCCUGAGGCGGCAGCUGGAGGGGCUGGGCCAGGAGCGGCUGCGGCUGGAGGCCGAGCUGGGCAGCAUGCAGGGGCUGGUGGAGGACUUCAAGAACAAGUAUGAGGAGGAGAUCAACCAUCGCACUGAGAAGGAAAACGAGUUUGUGCUGCUGAAAAAGGACGUGGAUGAGGCAUAUAUGAGCAAAGUGGAUCUGGAGUCACGGCUGGAGAGUCUGACGGACGAGAUCAACUUCCUGCGGCAGCUCUACAAUGAGGAGCUGCGGGAGAUGCAGUCGCAGACCUCCGACACCUCUGUGGUGCUGUCCAUGGACAACAACCGCAACUUGGACCUGGACAGCAUCAUCGCCGAGGUGAAGGCGCAGUACGAGGAGAUCGCCAACCGCAGCCGGCUGGAGGCUGAGACCUGGUACCAGAGCAAGUACGAGGAGCUGAAGACAACAGCCGGCAAACACGGCGACGACCUGCGCACCACCCGCAGCGAGAUCAGCGAGCUCAACCGGAUGAUCCAGAGGAUCCAGGCCGAGAUCGAGGUGCUCAAGAACCAGCGAGCCACCCUGGACACAGCCAUCGCGGAGGCGGAGGAGCGUGGUGAGAUGGCCCUGAAGGAUGCCAGAGCCAAACUGGCAGAACUGGAGGCAGCUCUGCAGAAGGCGAAACAGGACCUGGCCCGGCAGCUGCGUGAGUACCAGGAGCUGAUGAACGUCAAGCUGGCACUGGACAUCGAGAUUGCAACCUACAGAAAGCUGCUGGAGGGCGAGGAGAGCAGGUUGGAAUCUGGAAUGCAGAACCUCAGCAUCCACACUCGGACCGCGGGGUACUUGGGAGGUUUCGGGGGGGGCUUUGGGAGCUCCUUCUCCACCGGUUACACUGUGGCCCCCCCGGCGCUGGAGAGCGCGGCCGUCCCCAAAUCUCGCGCCAUCGUCAUCAAGAAGAUCGAGACCCGCGACGGCAAGCUGGUGUCCGAGUGCGCUGAUGUCCUCACCAACUGAGCCCCCCCCUCUGGAGACCCCAAAAGGAGUGCGACCCCUCUGGGACCCUCCCCUUAUUCUGCCCCAGCGCUCUGAGCCAGCGCCCUUCUGUCCGUCCGUCUGUCCCCUGUCCCCCUGUCUAUAUCCAAGCUACAGGAUGGGGUGGGGGCUAUUGGGGUGCCCCCCACCCCGUGAGCCCCCCUUCACAUCUCUGGUGCAUGGGUGGGGGGUGUUGAGGUCCUGCAAUAAACUCAAUAAACCCAACAACGCCCCCA